UUUUUCUUCUUCCACCUGCACACAGUCCCAGGAGGGAACUUCAUCCAGUUCAUUACUCACAGGAGCCUCCAAGCACACUGAGAGGAGACCGUCUACAAGAUGUCCACCUCCACCAGCCUCUGCAUCACCCUGAGCAUCACAAUCAUUUGCUACAUCCAGGUCGUUUGGGAGAUCAGUGAACAGCUGAAGAUCAGCAAAGGUUUGACAAGAACUCACAAAGAGCACAUGAAGACUCUCAAGAUGUCCAUAGUGAUUGUUGCCACCUUCAUCAUCUGCUGGGCCCCAUACUACCUCCUGGGCUUGUGGUACUGGUUUCAGCCAGCCACGAUCCAGAAGAUGCCAGAGUAUGUCCACCACAGCUUCUUUCUCUUUGGCCUGCUGCACACAUGCACAGACCCCAUCAUUUAUGGACUGUACACCCCCUCCUUUUGGGGGGACAUGCAGCUGUGUCUCAGGGGCAUUGAAACAGCCAUUACCAGGCAGGAGAGACACAAACCCAUGGAGGAGAACAUCAAGGGUGAUGCUGUAAAUGGUGGGGUGGCAACAGGGGGCUCCAGUGGGACAACGGUCCACACGGUGUGCUGA